GCUUCUGCUUCACCUCCCGGUGCAGUUGGCGGCGCCCAGGCCUCGCAGCCGCGGCUGCUGAAACCCGCCACGCGCACAAACGAAUUAUAUCCUAUCAUGGCAACAGACUCUAUGGAGAUCGAUGAUGCUUUAUACAGUCGGCAGAGGUAUGUUCUUGGAGACACAGCAAUGCAGAAGAUGGCCCAGUCCAAUGUGUUCCUGAGUGGUAUGGGUGGGCUUGGUGUGGAGAUUGCUAAGAACAUAGUUCUAGCUGGAAUAAAGGCUCUUACAGUUCAUGAUACCAAGCAGUGCAAGACAUGGGAUUUGGGAACCAACUUCUUCAUCUGUGAAGAUGAUGUUAUAAAUCUAAGGAACAGAGCUGAGGCCACACUUGCUCACGUCGCAGAGCUCAACCCAUACGUCCAUGUUUUAUCAUCGACUGCACCACUUGAUGAAACCACAGACAUCUCCUUUCUAAAAAAGUAUCAGUGUGUCAUAUUGACUGAAACGAGGCUAUCGCUGCAGAAGAAGAUUAAUGAUUUUUGCCAUGCUCAACACCCCCCUAUUAAGUUUAUCAGUGCAGAUGUGUAUGGAAUAUGGUCAUGUUUGUUUUGUGACUUUGGUGAUGAAUUUGAAGUGCUGGAUGCUACAGGAGAAGAACCAAAGGAAAUCUUCAUUUCAAACAUAACACAAUCAAACCCUGGGAUUGUCACUUGCCUUGAAAAUCAUCCUCACAAGCUGGAAACGGGACAGUGCUUAACCUUUCGGGAAGUUAAUGGAAUGUCUUGUUUAAAUGGAUCCAUGCAACAAAUAACAGUGGUGUCACCUUAUUCUUUCAGCAUUGGCGAUACUUCAGAUAUGGAGCCUUACUUACAUGGAGGCAUAGCUGUCCAAGUAAAGACACCCAAAAUAUUUUGCUUUGAACGGCUGGAGAAGCAGUUAAAAAACCCAACGUACCUUCUUGCAGAUUUUAGCAAACCUGAGGCACCUUUGCAAAUUCACGCUGCCAUGCUUGCAUUGAACCAGUUCCAGGAAAACUUUGAUCGCAUGCCGAACAUUGGAUGCCUUCAAGAUGCUGAGGAGAUGUUGAAAAUAGCAGUAUCCAUAAGUGAAACACUGGAAAGCAAACCUCAGGUGAAUGAAGACAUAGUGAAAUGGCUCUCUAGGACUGCUCAGGGAUUUCUAGCUCCCCUUGCUGCAGCAGUAGGUGGUGUUGCUAGCCAAGAAGUCUUGAAAGCAGUAACGGGAAAAUUUUCGCCUUUGCAGCAGUGGCUGUAUAUUGAUGCAUUGGAUAUUGCUAUAUCUCUAGACAAGACCAGUUGUGAAGAAUUCCUCCCAAGGGGAGAUAAAUAUGAUGCCUUGAGGGUUUGCAUUGGAGAGUCGCUGUGCCAAAAGCUGCACAAGUUGAAUGUUUUCCUGGUUGGGUGUGGAGCAAUAGGCUGUGAAAUGUUAAAAAAUUUUGCACUUCUUGGUGUUGGUAGUGGCCGAGACAAAGGCAUGGUCACAAUUACAGAUCCAGACUUGAUAGAGAAAUCCAACUUGAACAGACAGUUUCUUUUUCGACCCCAUCAUAUACAGAAACCUAAAAGCUAUACUGCAGCAGCAGCAACCCUGAACAUCAAUCCUCAGUUAAAGAUAGAUCCGUAUCUUAAUAAAGUGUGUCCAGCCACCGAGAACAUUUACAAUGAUGAAUUCUACACCAAGCAAGACAUCAUUGUUACAGCUCUAGACAAUGUGGAGGCAAGGCGAUAUAUAGACAGUCGUUGUGUAGCAAACCUGCGUCCUCUCUUAGACUCUGGAACAAUGGGAACUAAAGGACACACAGAAACGAUUGUGCCUCAUCUGACAGAGUCCUAUAACAGCCAUCGAGAUCCACCAGAAGAAGAAAUACCUUUUUGCACUUUAAAAUCUUUCCCAGCUGCCAUUGAGCACACAAUACAGUGGGCAAGGGAUAAGUUUGAAAGUGCGUUUUCUCACAAACCUUCAUUGUUUAACAAAUUUUGGCAAACCUACCCAUCCGCAGAAGAGGUCUUGCAGAGAAUAAAGUCGGGAGAGAGUUUAGAAGGCUGUUUUCAAGCUAUCAAAUCACUCAGUAGAAGACCCCGAAAUUGGUCUCAAUGUGUGGAACUUGCAAGAAUAAAAUUUGAGAAGUAUUUUAAACAUAAGGCUCUUCAACUACUUCAUUCUUUUCCCCUUGAUACACGAUUAAAAGAUGGAAGUUUGUUUUGGCAGUCCCCAAAGAGGCCACCUUCUCCAAUAAAGUUUGAAUUCAGUGAUCCUUUACACUACAGUUUCAUAGUGAGUGGUGCAAAACUCUUUGCAAGAGUAUACUGUGUCCCUGUCACAGAAAAGGAUUUGUCAGAAGAAACUAUUUUGAAGAUAAUUUCAGGAGUAAAUAUACAAGAGUUCAGACCUUCAAAUAAAGUUGUGCAGACAGAUGAAACUGCAAGGAAACCAGACCAUAUUCCAGUAAGCAGUGAAGAUGAGAGGAAUGCUAUUUUCCAGCUGGAAAAAGCCAUAUUAUCCAAUGAAGCUCUGAAAAAUGACUUGCAAAUGAAGAUGCUCUCCUUUGAAAAAGAUGAUGAUGCUAACGGGCAUAUAGACUUCAUAGCAGCAGCAUCUAAUCUGCGAGCCAAGAUGUAUAACAUUGAACCAGCGGAUCGGCUCAAAACAAAGCGCAUCGCUGGAAAGAUUAUUCCUGCUAUUGCAACUGCUACUGCUGCAGUGUCUGGCUUGGUUGCCCUGGAACUGAUCAAAGUUGUGGGCGGACAUCCAUUUGAAGCAUAUAAGAAUUGUUUUUUAAAUCUAGCCAUUCCAAUAAUAGUGUUCACAGAAGCUGCUGAAGUAAGAAAAACAGAAAUAAGAAAUGGAAUAUCGUUUACAAUCUGGGACAGGUGGACUAUUUAUGGGAAAGAAGAUUUCACUCUGCUGGACUUCAUAAAUGCUGUCAGAGAGAAAUACGGAAUAGAGCCAACAAUGGUUGUACAGGGCGUCAAAAUGCUGUAUGUUCCUGUGAUGCCUGGUCACAUCAAAAGAUUAAAGCUGACGAUGCAAAAGCUAGUGAAACCAUCCGCUGAUAAAAAAUACGUGGAUCUCACAGUGUCGUUUGCUCCAGAAACAGAUGGAGAUGAAGACUUGCCAGGGCCACCAGUGAGAUACUACUUCAUCCAUGAAGACAAUUGAUAGUAAUGCUCUAGGACCAUUUGCUUUGAAGGGAGUGUGCUGAUUUCGGCUUAAAACAAGUAAUACAUAUUUCUUUGGUGAAGCCUUAAUUAAAACAGGAACAGUUGAAGUCAGUGAAUUGCACUGAAGAGGUCUGUCAAACUGGAUUUACUGUUCACUUCUCCCUAUUCUCUGCAUACAUCUGUCUGUUCAUAAAGAGGAUUGGAGGUUUGCUGAAAUGGAAUGUCAUGUAUAAUGCGUACCACAAAGAAGAGAUUUAUAUUAAUUUAUGGGGGAGGGGGGGAAAUGGCAAACUUAGCAUCUUAUUUCAAUAUGCAAGAUAAAUGUUAAAUGGAGGGAGAGAGCAAAAAUGGGGGAAAUUAUUGUUUUAUAACAUGGUGGUCAGUAAUGUUUUAUAAUCCAUUUCUCAUGACUCUCUUCUAAAAUUGGGGUGCCAACUGCAUCAUCUGAGCACUGGGCCAAAUUCAUCCCAAGUGUAAUUCGAUUAAAAAAGCAAAUGAA